AUGAUUCGUAUAACUAAUAUAGAAACAUUACCUAAUGAAAUUCUUCUGUAUAUUUUUUCUUAUCUAUCUUGGUUUGAUAUGUUAACGUCUUUAUGGUCAUUGAAUAUUCGUUUCAAUUCUCUUGUGUGUUCAACUCUUUCUAUAAAUGAUAAUCUAUUGACAUUAGGUUUAUCUUAUAAUAAAUGUUCAACAUUAUUACCAUUGAUUUUCAAAUCAUCAUCUCUUUGUUCAUCUAUUCAACAUGUUCAUUGUGAUAAAAAAAACUCAAUGACUUGUGAUCUUAUUUAUCAAUGGUUAUUUAAUGAUAAAAAAAUCUUUCAUUUUCCAAAUCUUAAAUCACUUAUUCUUAUUGCAUGUAUUGGAUGUCAAAAAUCCAUCGAACCAGUAUUUCAAUGUUUAUUUCAUCUUAUUGAAAACCAAUUAGAUGAACUUGCAUUAACAUUUAAUGGGACAAUUUUCAGAGACUGCAUCAAUAAAAGAGAAAAUUUAUCAAAUAUUUCUGAUGAAGGUAAUUAA